AAGAACUUGGUGAGAAGUACGCAGAGAUGACAAAAUGGGGGAGCCGUCCUGAUCCUGCAUCAGUAUCCGUUCCGAGCCAGCUAAACGGUGGAGGUGUUCGUACGCUAUAAUUGUUAUUCUGCUGUUUUUUCCGUCUAGGGCUUGCUUUGCUUGCUCCAAAUCUUCUGUUCCCAGUUAAAUCGGUCAAAUUAAAAAAGGCGCCAUCAAAUCGAGGAGCUCGCUGAUCUCAGUAAUGGGUCAGCAAUUAAAUUUCAAAUCCCGCGUUAAAAAUGUAUUAUUGCACACCAAGUUAAUCACGAUUUUACUGUCUGCUUCUGCUUUAAACAAAUCCUCCUCCAGCCAACCUCUCUCUCGCUCUAGCUCCACGUUUCAAACUACGAAUUUGAUUUGAUCCGUUUGGAAAUCCGUGUACGGUUCUUCGAAUUUCAUCUGCAAGCUGCAAUUUCGGUGGUUGGCGGGAGGGGGGGUUUUGUUCCGGUCGGGAGUAUUCGGAUUUGUGUCUGCUAGGGCUUGGCUGAAUGGCUCACGCGACGGGGAGAACUCGGGUGGUGGCAGACUAUCUGGUCGGUCGGCAAAUUGGGGCGGGUUCAUUCUCGGUGGUGUGGCACGCGAGACAUCGAGUUCAUGGAACGGAGGUCGCGAUCAAGGAAAUUCCCAUGAGCCGGCUCAGCAAAAAAUUGCAGGAUAGUCUUAUGUCCGAGAUCUUUAUCUUGAAGAGGAUUAAUCAUCCUAAUAUCAUCCGAUUGCACGAUAUCAUAGAGGUUCCUGGGAAGAUACAUCUGGUACUGGAGUAUUGCAAAGGUGGUGACCUUUCUUUUUAUAUUCAGCGCCAUGGAAGAGUCCCAGAAGCAAUUGCUAAGCAUUUCAUGCAGCAGCUUGCGGCUGGCUUAAAAAUCCUUCGGGACAACAAUCUGAUACACAGGGAUCUUAAACCACAGAAUCUCCUGCUUUCUACAAGUGACGACAAUUCAGUGUUGAAGAUUGCUGAUUUUGGAUUUGCAAGGUCUCUGCAACCUAAAGGUCUUGCAGAAACCUUGUGUGGCUCACCACUUUACAUGGCUCCAGAGAUCAUGCAACUCCAGAAAUACGAUGCAAAGGCAGAUCUCUGGAGUGUUGGUGCUAUUUUAUUCCAGCUUGUAACAGGAAGAACUCCAUUCACAGGAAACAACCAAAUACAGUUGCUCCAGAACAUUGUCAAAUCAACCGAAUUACAUUUCCCUUCAGAUAUUAGUGACUUAAGUUCUGACUGCAAGGAUUUGUGCAGGAAAUUACUACGUCGUAAUCCAGUGGAGCGACUGACAUUCGAAGAAUUUUUUAAUCACCCCUUCCUGUGUGCUAUUCAACCUGAUGAAAUGUUGAGAAGGUCAUCAAGAUUAGUGGAUGGAUUUAAUUUUUCAGAAUCUGAUCCUGCUAGGAAUCUGGAGGAAAAUUCACAAGAUGAUUAUCUACCUUUCUCUCUGGAUGAUGAUUCUAGUGGUCCUGAGGGAAGUCCAUCCUUUGUAAGGAGGAGAGCAUCAGUGAAGUCUACUUAUGGAUUUUCCCCUGAUAAAAAAGUUGAUAGAGGGUACAGAGAUACUACUUCCAGAUACUGCAGCGUUCGAGAUAAAGUGGAAAGUGCUACUUUAAUAUCAGACACUCGUGUUCUGUCAGGAGGAAAUGUACUAUCUGAUAGAAAUCUGAAUGGUGCUUUAAGGUUUGCAAACCCACAGUCCGUGAAUAGUCAGCCUAGAGUUGUGGAUUCUCUGGAUUUGAUUGAUCAAGAUUACGUUCUUGUAUCUGGACCCCCCAUGGAUGAUGCCUCAUCUUCCUUAGCAAGUGCUUCCAAGCCGAUCCCUUCUUCUUGCAAAUCACAGAGUUCUCCUCAAACAUCUGUAAGUUUAGGUGCCAUGACUGCACCGAUGCCUAUCAUUCGCAGAGCUACCAGUAGUAGCUCUCGUAUGGGAAGCUUGGGAAGUCAAAGUUCUGCUCUGGGGUCAAUGGAUAUAGAAGAUACUUUGGAACAGCCAUCUGCAAAUUGCACGGCAAGAAUCAAGUCAUUGCAGCAAUCUGCAUCUACAAUUACAGAAUUAGUAAAAGAGAAGAUCACUGCCGGUAGGCAGCUUGAAGCAUUCUCAAUUCAGCUUGUUAUUCUUGCGAUCUGGAAAAAAGCUCUGGACAUAUGCCAUACACAGGCGGCUUCAGCUUUACAAGGAAGUCCAGGCCAAGAAUCUGCAGAAUUUAGGAGAAGCCUCAGAAAAAGGCAGGGGAGUUCUCUUGGGAAAGAAUCCCAACUGAUUGUUAACCCGCAUGAGCCAGUGGAUGUCUCCUCUCAAGUUGAGAGGGAGUUUCUUCGGGAAGUUGAAUAUGCUGAAGAACUUGCUAAGGCUGUUGAGCCUGGUAAUACAGAGAUGCCAGAUGCAAUAGAGACAAUAUUUCGAUCUGCCCUAGAUUUUGGAAGGCAUGGAGGCGUUGAGGAAGUCUUGGGUGAAAUGGAAAGUGCAGCUGGUUUGUAUUCAAAGGCGGCACAAUUACUGGUUUUCCUUCUUGUAGAAGCACCAUCUCUCAUUUUGAACCCACCAUUUCCUCUAACAAAUUCAGACCGGUACCGGUUGCGAAAUUACAUUGAUAUUCUUAAUAAUAGGCAAGGUUAUGUGAGGUCUCAAAGAGUGGCUCUUUUGAAGUGCGAGAAUCAACAAAGCCCUCCCUGAGAAAAGAAGCCAAAAUUUUGAUUUUGUUCAGCAAUAAACACUGUAUUGUGUAAAAUCAUUUCUUUGUACAGUGUAACACUAUUCUUUGAGUUAUAUGAUAUCGGGGAUGAGGUGGGGCUGUGUCUCAUCUUGGGGUGAUUGGAUCUAUGCAGGACUGUAAUGUAAUGUUAUUUGACUCUUGUAAUUGUGCCAUAAAGCAUGAAGUUCACAUUCAUUUUCUUCUAAGGUGGGAGAUUGAAUAUUUAACCU